UGUUGUUGGGCUGUGUGGUACCGCAGGACGCUGGACCACUCAAGCCUGGAGCUGCUAAGGAGGUUGCGAGUUCGCACGGCCGAGCUAGGGGAAUGGUCCCCGCCCAGCCAUUUGUCUGUUGAGAGGGGGCCGCCCUGGCAGGGUGGCAGGCCAGCCGCGGCGCGGUGCACUGGCGAGAAAGCGUGCAUGGUCGUCCUGUCCGGCCGCUGAAUGUCCGUCCCGGAGGAUGAGGAGAAGCUGCCGCUCGCUCAGAGAUGGCCCCGGGCCAGCAAGUUCCUGCUGUCGGGCUGCGCAGCGACCGUGGCCGAGCUAGCAACUUUUCCCCUUGAUCUCACAAAAACUCGACUCCAAAUGCAAGGAGAAGCUGCUCUUGCUCGGUUGGGAGAAGGUGCGAGAGGCUCUGUCCCCUAUAGGGGCAUGGUGCGCACAGCCCUAGGGAUCAUCCAAGAGGAAGGCUUUCUGAAGCUUUGGCAAGGAGUGACGCCUGCCAUUUACAGACACGUAGUGUACUCUGGAGGCCGAAUGGUCACAUAUGAACAUCUCCGAGAGGUUGUAUUUGGUAAAGGUGAAGAUAAGCAUUAUCCCCUUUGGAAGUCAGUCAUUGGAGGAAUGAUGGCUGGUGUUAUUGGCCAAUUUUUAGCCAACCCAACUGACCUAGUGAAAGUUCAGAUGCAGAUGGAAGGAAAAAGAAAGCUUGAAGGAAAACCACUGCGAUUUCGUGGUGUUCAUCAUGCAUUUGCAAAAAUCUUAGCUGAAGGAGGAAUUCGUGGACUUUGGGCAGGCUGGGUCCCCAAUAUACAAAGAGCAGCACUGGUGAAUAUGGGAGAUCUAACCACUUAUGACACUGUGAAACACUACUUGGUACUAAAUACACGACUGGAGGACAAUAUCAUGACUCAUGGUUUAUCAAGUUUUUGUUCUGGACUGGUAGCUUCUAUUCUGGGAACACCAGCCGAUGUCAUCAAAAGCCGAAUAAUGAAUCAACCACGAGAUAAACAAGGAAGGGGACUUUUAUAUAAGUCAUCAACUGACUGCUUGAUUCAGGCCGUUCAAGGCGAAGGGUUCAUGAGUCUGUACAAAGGCUUUUUACCAUCUUGGCUGAGAAUGACCCCUUGGUCACUGGUGUUCUGGCUUACUUAUGAAAAAAUCAGAGAGAUGAGUGGAGUCAGUCCAUUUUAAGCCCUUAAAGAUACAUGUUCAGUUUUACUGAAAUAUGGGCAUCUGCAACAUACACACCCCUAUUAUUUCUACCUCUUUAGGAAGAGACAUUACUCCAGAGACUGUGAUUUAUAGGGGGCAGCACUUUAUUUUUCUUGGAAACCCAAGUUCUCUCUGACUCCUAUUUUUGUCCAAAACUGAUCUGGUCGAAUCUCCCAAGGCCAUCCAAUGGGAGCCAGCACAACAUUUUCUAAAGAAGAACCGUACCCAGACCACACCUACCUUGGGCAAGAAGGUUUGGCCUCUGAGAUGCUGUUCUGUGCUGAAGAGCCUGCUUAGAGGAGGAGUGCCAGCAGGGAGGCAGCAGCUCAGAUGUGAAGUAGACAAUAGGAAUGUGGAAAACUACGUGUAGUCCUUAAAGAAACAUUUAACCUGUUAUGUUCAUAUUUAAAAUUGGAGUUUCACAAUUCAUUUUUCUAUUGCUGUUAAAGUACACAUAUUGUAACUUAAAGUGAGGCACUGAAAAUUCAUGAAUAAAUGUUUUGAGUUUCCCUAGUGUUAAAGACAGUUGAUACACCUUUUUCUUGCCAGGAGGAUGAAAAGAAAAAUCAAAGGAGGUAAUGUUUGGAUUUCAAAGAAAGAAGCCGAUUCCUUCAGUGUCCCAUCAUUGUAUCUGUAUUAAUUGGUUGGUCCUCCGCUACACCUGCUAGUAACUUCCCUGGGCAGUCAGACUCUGAUGGAAACAAGAUUAUACCUGGGAUUUGCCACUAACUAUAUAGAAUCUUAAUAUGUUAGAUUUAUAAGAAUUGUACUUUAUUUGAUUUAAACUCAGCGGGAGAAGUACUUCUGAAGCACUAUUUGCUACUUUCAUCCUGUCAGUGGUAUUUUAAAACUAAAAGUGUUACAAAGUCGGUUAGCUCUGAUAUGGGUCCUUAUCUUCCUUCCUUAACACUAGGAGGAGAGGGCUUGUAAGAGGGAACUCAGAACCCACAUGCAGUAAAGAAAAAAAAAAGUUAGACUGAAUUAUACUUUAACAAAUCCUCUUGCCUAUAAAACAAUCAGUAUGAAUUAUCUUCAUAUACAGUGCUCUAUCCAGUCAACCAAAUCUGUUUUUCUUAGUUUAGAAAAAUAAAAUAUUUCUUCGGAUUCAGCACCUACCACUUACUUCCCCGUCCCCAAACAGUGGUCAUAUCUGGACAGAUAGCUAUGGUUAGGAGUUAAGGCUAUAACUGCUU